GGGGCCCUGUGCUCCCCGGGGGGCACCGCGCGGGCGCUCUGCAGGUUCCGACCCCACAUCGCGGCGGGAAUCCUGAGCUACGGAUAUGUGAUCAGUUACAUGGACCGGUACACCGUCGCCGGUGUACUGGCAGACAUCCAACGACACUUUGAGGUCAGCGACAGCAAGUCAGGAUUGCUGCCCACGGUCUUUAUCUUCAGCUUCAUGGUUGCCACACCGAUCUUUGGUUUUCUGGGCGACCGCUUCAACAGGAAGUUCAUCCUGAGCUGUGGGAUCUUCUUCUGGUCGGCCGUCACCAUCACCAGCUCCUUCAUCACCAAACCGAACUUCUGGCUGCUCCUCUUCACCCGGGCGCUGGUGGGAUUUGGAGAAGCCAGUUACUCCACCAUCGCUCCCACCAUGAUUGCGGACAUGUUCACCAAAGACACCCGCACCUGCAUGUUGUGCUUCUUCUACCUCGCCAUCCCUCUUGGCAGCGGGUUGGGCUACAUCCUGGGCUCGAGUGUGACGCAGGCGGCUGGUGACUGGCACUGGGCUCUCCGGGUGACCCCGGCCAUGGGCCUCACUGCUGGGACCCUCAUCAUCCUCCUGGUGCCGGAGCCGAAGCGAGGAGCUGCCGACCAGCACACCGUGAAACUGAGAGCCGGCACCUCGUGGAGCCGAGACAUGAAGGCCGUCAUCAAAAUUCCAAGCUUUGUCUUCCUAUCUCUGGCUUCUGCCUCGGUGGCAUUUGCGACGGGGGUGCUGGGUAUGUGGAUCCCGCUGUACCUGUUCCGGGCUGAGGUGGUACAGAAGCACAUCGAGCCCUGCACCAGGGAGCCCUGCAGUGGCAGAGACAGUCUGAUAUUUGGGAUCAUCACAUGUAUCACUGGGUUCCUGGGGCUGAUCCUGGGCGUGGCGGCCACCAGAUGGUACAGGACUAAAACCGCUCGCUCCGACCCCCUGGUCUGUGCCUUCGGGAUGCUCAGCUCCUCCAUCUUCAUCAGCCUCAUCUUCGUCUUCGCUCGCUUCAGCAUCCUCGGAGCUUAUAUCUGUAUAUUCAUUGGUGAAACGCUUCUCUUUCUGAACUGGGCUAUCACAGCGGACAUACUGAUGUAUGUUGUCAUUCCCACUCGCCGUUCGACUGCGGUGGCUUUGCAGAGCUUCACCUCUCACCUGCUCGGCGAUGCGGGCAGCCCCUACUUAAUAGGAGUUAUUUCCGAUGUGAUUCAGCACAGUAAACCCGACCUGUACCUCUGGGAGUUCCUGAGUUUGGGCUACGCACUCAUGCUCUGCCCCUUCAUCAUAGUCCUCGGAGGCACCUUUUUCCUGGCUACAGCUCACUACAUUGUGUGUGACCGGGAGCGUGCUCAGCAACUGGUGGAGGAGAUGAAGCUGGUAGCCAUAAAAGUUUGAUAAGCUGCCUUGGAAGCUGGUGACAAUGCCAAGCUGCAACCAAUUUCAGAUUGAACCAAAAUACAAGGUGGCAGAGGCAGCAGCCUUCAGUCAAGUCACCACACUGGCUGUCGGGCGUGCGAGUGGCAGUCGGAGUGAAGGGUGAAGAGCCUCGGCAGCAUCUCUGGAGGAAGUGUAGUGUCUGCGUAUUUGGUAGCUAAUUCGUACACAGCAAUGUACCCUCCCCCCCAAACAA